GCUAUGAACAGGAUAUAAAUAUGAAAUAAAAACUAUACAGAAAUCUGAGAUAUACAGUUAUACAGACGGCUCGUUACGCAUUUGUAUAGACUACCGUCUGCUGAACCAGAAGACCAUCCCGGAUAAACACCCUCUUCCUCGGAUCUAAGACCUGACCGACACUCUGGGGGGGCAUUCAUGGUUCAGUAUCCUUGAUCAGGGAAAGGCGUACCACCAGGGCUUCAUGGUGGAGGGCUCACGUCACCUCACAGCAUUCGUCACCCCCUGGGGCCUUUAUGAGUGGGUAUGAAUACCCUUCGGCCUCUCCAAUGCACCUGUGGCUUUUCAAAGAAGCAUGGAGGAGAUGUUAGAUUCACUCAGGGACAAUUGUUGUAUCCCAUACCUGGACGACAUUUUAUGCUAUGCACCAACAUUUGAAGAGCAUGUUGAAGGUGUGAGACAAGUUUUAAGAGCACUUCAGAGGCACGGAGUAAAGCUAAGACCCGAAAAAUGCGAACUGUUUCGCAAAGAAGUAAGGUAUGUUGGCCGCCUUGUAUCUGCAGAAGGAGUAAGGAUUGAUCCAAAGGACUUAGAGGCAGUAGAAUCCCUAAAAACUAAGACACCUCAAACAGUUGGUGAUAUAAGGCUUCUACUUGGCUUCUUAAGCUACUACAGAAGCUACGUCCAAGACUUUUCGAGGAUUGCAAAACCUAUCUAUGAACUGUUAAAAGUUAAAUCGGAUAUGCCAACCUUCCCAUCGCGCCAACUGAAGACUAAAGGUCUUCAGUUGUCAUCUAGGGCCCCCAUUGAAUGGACUAGUGAACACCAGCAUGUACUUGAACACCUAAUUACCAUGCUGACGAGUCCCCCAGUUUUGGCCUACCCAGAUUUUAACUCACCAUUCUGCCUCCACACAGAUGCCUCAGAACAGGGCCUCGGUGCUGUUCUCUACCAGCGCCAGGAUGGAAAAUUACGGGUAAUAGCGUAUGGGUCCAGGACAUUGUCACCAGCAGAAAAGAACUAUCGUCUCCAUAGCGGCAAGCUAGAAUUUCUGGCACUUAAGUGGGCAGUGUGUGAGCGUUUUAGGGACUAUCUGUACUAUGCUCCACAUUUUACUAUAUAUACAGAUAAUAAUCCAUUGACCUACGUUAUGAGUACUGCCAAGCUUAAUGCCGUGGGCCAUCGCUGGGUCGGGGAACUGUCAGACUUUCACUUUGAGAUCAAAUACAGGCCUGGCCGGGCCAAUGUUGAUGCUGACACGUUGUCCCGUCUGCCCCUUAACAUUGACAUGUAUGUGAGUGAGUGCACUGAGGAGUUAUCAUCUGAGGUGGUCCAAGCAGCCUGGGGUGGGGCUAGAGCAGCUCGAGAAAGUGAUGUUGCAUGGAUUGCUGCCCUAACUCUUGCUGAAAAUGCAGCCCAGGAGCCACAUCCAGUUUUUCCUGCAAUUGACCAAGAUAAGCUAGCUCAAGCACAAAGAGAAGACAAAACGGUUGGAGAAAUAAUGAGGCUAAAGGAGAAAAUGACAGUCUUAACAAAUGACAUCAGAGAAACAGUGACUAAAACAAUGAGGAAAAUGUUGCAGGAGUGGAACAAAUUACAUUUCAAAAACGGACUAAUGUAUAGACAGACAGGUGAAAGGCAACAAGUAAUCCUCCUCGCCAAGUACAAAGAGACGGUGUUAAAGCACCUGCAUGACAACAUGGGACAUAUCGGCACAGAGAGAGUACUGGCACUGGCGAGAGAGAGGUUCUACUGGCCGUACAUGAAACAGGACAUAGAAAGCUAUGUUACCAGGAAGUGCCGAUGUAUCAUUAGCAAGAAACCAACAACCCAAGUACGUGCUCCAAUGGGCACCAUCACAUCCACCUCGCCUUUGGAUCUGGUCUGCAUCAACUAUCUCCACCUGGAGCCCAGCCAGGGGGGAUAUGAAUACAUUCUUGUCGUCGUGGACCACUUCACCAGGUUUGCCCAGGCGUACCCAACCAAAAACAAGUCUGGGAAGACAGCAGCUGAGCGAAUCUUUGGAGAGUUCAUUCCGCGCUUUGGGUACCCAGCACGACUCCAUCACGACCAAGGGCGCGAGUUUGAAAAUGAACUUUUCAAGACACCGAGGGAGAAAUCAGGUACUGGACACUCGAGAACAUACCCAUAACAUCCUCAAGGUAAUCAUGCUGAGAGGUUUAACAGGACGCUCUUACAAAUGUUAAGAACGGUGAAAAAGAAAAGGGGAAUUGGAAGGAUCAUUUGCCACACAUAGUUCACGCUUACAACUAUACGCGCCAUGAAUCCACAGGCUUUUCCCCCCAUUUUCUACUGUUUGGGCAUCACCUGCACCUUCCUGUAGACAUUCUAUUUGGUCUAGUAGGGGAGAAACAGAUAAUGUCACACAAAAGCUACACUGACAGGUGGGCAAAAAAAAAAAAAAAAGCUGAGGGGUGUGGUCUUACAGCCUGGUGAUAGGGUCCUCGUAAGAAACUGUAGUGAACGUGGAGGACCAGGGAAACUUCGAUCUUACUGGGAGAAAACCAUUUAUUUGGUUAAAAGGCAAAUAGGUGAUAAUCCAGUUUAUGCAGUCUAUUCUGAGGGCAGUGAUGGAAGUAAGACCAGGGUCCUACACCAUAACCUGCUUUUACUUGUUAACGACCUCCCAGUUGAGGCUCCGCCUCCGAGAUCUGAGCAAGCACCUGAAAAACCGAUUAGACAGAGAAAAACUAAGUUAAGCAACCAAAACAGACAGAAAGGUGAUUCUAGUGACUCAGAAUCUGAUGAGGAUGCAGGAGGGUACUGGUUUAGGUUCCCCAGAGAGGUGGGACAUGUUGAAAGAGACAUCCAUUAUAGUCAAUCUGGCGUACCCCCAACAAGCCAAGGCCCUGAGGACCAAAGGAACCGCUUUCUGUUACCAUCUAGAGACAGUGAGAGAGCGAGAACCUCCAGCGAACAUGAACAGACAGGAAGAGACAGUCAGAUGCCCCCUGUCCCUGAGUUACAGGCACAGCCGGAUUGUCUGGAAGAAGAAGGUGAAAGGUUCACUUUACCCGGGCAAGCGCUGCCACAGAUACCAGCAGGUGACCCACAGACUGAGUUAAGAAGGUCAGCCCGAGAAAGGAGACCUAGACAAGUGUUUACUUAUGAGUCACUGGGAGAACCGGCUCUACAGCCACAGGCCAUAGUAUCUGCACUAGCUGCGCCAUUCUUUCCAUACCAGCCGUGGACACCAACACCUUUUGUACCAUUUAGCCCAGGGUUUGCAUCUUGUGUGCCUUAUCCAGUUGGGCCAUAUACUUACCCUGUACAUAUGCCAUGUUGAGUAUUUGACUGUAUUACUUUUUGAAAAUUUUGGUAUUUUUGAAUGUCAGGAGCCAUUUCCAUUUGUCAGGGAGCGUGUGACACCCUAAUGUGUGAUCCCAUUAGAAGUAGUACUUGUUAAAAAUGAGAGAUUUGUCACCGAAAUGAACUAUGUGUAAAAGGUAGUUGCACCCCCCGGCCUCCGGGUGGCGCAUUGCUCAGUGAGACAGAAUAGGCAGUGUUGCCAACUUAGCGACUUUGUCGCUAUAUUUAGCGAGUUUUCAGACCCCCUAGCGACUUUUUUUCUUUAAAAAGUCGCUAAAAAAAAGACGUGAAAGC